GGAGCCCAUCCUGCUCUGCUUCGGGCCAUGACGAUUCUGCGAUUCAUCGCACUUGCUCUGAUGACAGGGCAUGUAGGGGGAGAGACGAGGAUCAUCAAGGGUUACGAGUGCAACCCUCAUUCCCAGCCAUGGCAGGUGGCCCUCUUUCAGAAGACACGACUUCUCUGUGGGGCAACCCUCAUCGCCCCCAAAUGGCUCCUGACAGCAGCCCACUGCCGCAAGCCCCAUUACGUGGUCCUCCUUGGAGAGCACAAUCUGGAGAAGACAGAUGGCUUUGAGCAGAAGCGAACAGCCACUGAGUCCUUCCCUCACCCCGGCUUCAACAACAGCCUCCCCAAUAAAGACCACCGGAAUGACAUCAUGCUGGUGAAGAUGUCCUCUCCUGCUGUCAUCACCCGAGCUGUGCGGCCACUCACCCUGUCCUCACACUGCGUCACUGCGGGCACCAGCUGCCUCAUUUCUGGAUGGGGCACCACGUCCAGCCCCCAGUUGCGCCUGCCUCAUUCCUUGCGAUGUGCUAACGUCUCCAUCAUCCAACACAAGGAGUGUGAGAGUGCCUACCCGGGCAACAUCACAGAGACCAUGCUGUGUGCCAGUGUUCGGAAGGAGGGCAAGGACUCCUGCCAGGGUGACUCUGGAGGCCCUCUGGUCUGUAAUGGCUCUCUUCAAGGCAUCAUCUCCUGGGGUCAGGACCCGUGUGCGGUCACCAGAAAGCCUGGUGUCUACACAAAAGUCUGCAAAUAUAUUGACUGGAUCCACGAGAUUAUGAGAAACAACUAA